UGGUUCCCUGCGGUCCGAGGUGCCGUCCCAUGGGAUGGGGAGAUGGGAAUCGCGGGAUUUUAGGGAGGGACAGAGUUAAAGGCGGGGAAGGAGGCUUUCCUCCUGGCACGUGGCUCCAUGUCAGCCAGCAGAGGCAACGCAGGGAAAGAGCAGGAGGAAUUCACCGGGAGCAGGGAGACGCUGCUUAGAGGGAAACCGGUGUUUGGAUCCUGGCAGCCAAGCUGAUCCCGGGCAGCAGAGCCGGUGGCGGUGCCGGCGGACGUGCUGACCAUGUUCAACGGGGAUGCCAGCUCCUCAUCCGCCAGGAAUGUGGUGCGCAGCUCCAGCAUCAGCGGCGAGAUGUACAACCUGGAGAAGAGCGCGCGCGGCAGCGCCGACUCCGUCACCGUCACCGCCAGCAAGAAGCGACGCUCCAGCCUGGGCGCCAAGAUGGUGGCGAUCGUGGGGCUGUCCCAGUGGAGCAAGAGCACCCUGCAGCUCAACCAGACUGAGGGAGGCCCCAAAAAGCUGCGCAGCACCAUCCGCAGGAGCACCGAGACCGGCAUCGCGGUGGAGAUGAGGACCAGGGUGACCCGGCAGGGCAGCCGGGAAUCCACGGACGGCAGCACCAACAGCAACAGCUCCGACGGCACGUUCAUCUUCCCCACCACCCGGCUGGGAGCAGAGAGCCAGUUCAGCGAUUUCCUCGACGGGCUGGGGCCGGGGCAGCUCGUGGGGCGGCAGACCCUGGCAACCCCCCCGAUGGGUGAUGUCCACGUCAGCAUGGCUGACCGCAACGGGCAGCUGGAGGUGGACGUGAUCCAGGCCAGGGGACUCAUCCCAAAGAUGGGCUCCAAGUGCAUCCCUGCCACCUAUGUGAAGGUUUACCUGCUGGAAAACGGCGUCUGCCUGGCCAAGAAGAAGACCAAGGUGGUGAAGAAAACCUGUGACCCCUCGUACCAGCAGCCCCUGCUCUUUGAGGAGAGUCCCCAGGGCAAAGUCCUGCAGGUGAUCGUCUGGGGCGAUUACGGGCGCAUGGACCACAAGUGCUUCAUGGGGAUGGCCCAGAUCAUCCUGGAGGAGCUGGAUCUCUCCAGUGCUGUCUCGGGCUGGUACAAACUCUUCCCAACCUCCUCCCUGGCCGACUCCAGCAUCGGACCCCUGACCCGCCGCCUCUCCCAGUCCUCCCUGGAGAGCUCCACCAGCCCCUCCUGCCCAUAGAGGCUGGGAUUGGGAAGG